UCGAGGUGGAGAAAUAUGCCGAACUGUCUGAGGAGAGAGAGGACGGGGGUCCUACCUCUAAGACCACUCUGUCUGGGGAACAUGGCCGCCGGAGCAAAGCUAAGAGGUCUCCAGUCUACUAUGGAUGAGGAGAGAGAGGAGAGGGGUCCUACCUCUAAGACCACUCUGUCUGGGGAACAUGGCCGCCGGAGGAAAGCUAAGAGCCCAGAGCAGCAGCAGAGAGCAGACUCCCCUGGACCCAGCUGUGUCUCCAUGAAGAGUGACUGGUCUAUGGGUAUACCUGAUAACUUUAAAGAUGGACGCCCCUCCAGAGAGGAGAGAAGGAGGCAGCAGAGAGCAGACUCCCCUGGACCCAGCUGUGUCUCCAUGAAGAGAGACUGGUCUAUGGGUAUACCUGAUAACUUUAAAGACGGAAAUCAGUGUAUUGAAAAGAGAAGAGUUCAGCAGCAGAGAGCAGACUCCCCUGGACCCAGCUGUGUCUCCAUGAAGAGUGACUGGUCUAUGGGUAUACCUGAUAACUUUAAAGAUGGACGGCCCUCCAGAGAGGAGAGACACCAGGAGAGGUCAAAGGUUACCAGUGCUCAGUCUGUACAGCAGCAUCAAACAGAGCUGGAGAUGAACCAGGAGGAACUGGCCGACACACUGGGGGGCGAAUCUGCUGCUGUUGAGUGCCAAACUAAAUUCAAGUCUCGUUUGAAGAAGAAGUGGUGGAGUUUGGAUGAGGGAAUCACACAACGAGAGCAAAGACCUCUGAAUGAGAUCUACACCGAGAUCUUCAUCACAGAGAGAGGCAGUGGAGAGGUCAACCAGGAACAUGAAGUCAGACUGAUUGAAACAGCUUCCAGGAAACGAGCCAUGAAGGAAAUACCAAUCAGAUGUGUGGACAUCUUUAAACCCUUACCUGGACAAGAUAAACCAGAUAAACCAAUCAGGACAAUAAUGACAACUGGAGUGGCCGGCAUUGGUAAAACCGUCUUAACACAAAAGUUCACUCUGGACUGGGCUGAGGGCAAAGCCAACCGUGACAUAAACUUCACAUUUCUCCUCACUUUCAGAGAGCUGAAUUUACUGAAAAAUAAAGAGUUUAGCUUGGUGGGACUUGUUCAUCACUUCUUUAUUGAGACCAAAGAAGCAGAAAUCUGCAGAUUCCACCGGUACCAAGUUGUCUUCAUCUUAGAUGGUCUGGAUGAGUGUCGACUUCCUCUGGACUUCCAGAAAAAACAGAUCUGGACUGAUGUCACAGAGUCCACCUCGGUGGACGUCCUGCUGAUAAACCUCAUCAGGGGCGACCUGCUUCCCUCCGCUCGCAUCUGGAUAACCACACGCCCUGCGGCAGCCAAUCAGAUCCCUGCUGAGUGUUUUGACAGGGUGACAGAGGUGAGGGGGUUCACCGACCCUCAGAAGGAGGAGUACUUCAGGAAGAGAUUCGGAGACGAGGCACUGGCCAACACAAUCAUCUCCCACGUCAAGAAAUCACGAAGCCUCCACAUCAUGUGUCACAUCCCAGUCUUCUGUUGGAUCACUGCUACUGUUCUGGAGGACAUCUUAAAAACAUCCAAGAGAGGAGAAGAGAUGCCCAAGACCGUGAGUCAGAUGUACAGCCACUUCCUGAGGGUUCAGUCCAUACAGGGGGACAGGAAGUACCAUGGGAGGGCUGAAACCGAUCCAGACUGGAGUUCAGAGAGCAGGGAGAUCAUUGUUUCUCUGGGAAAACUGGCUUUUAACCAGCUGGAGAAAGGCAACCUGAUAUUCUAUGAGGAAGACCUGGCAGACUGUGGCAUCGACAUCAAAGCAGCCUCAGUGUACUCAGGAGUGUUCACCCAGAUCUUUAAAGAGGAGUUUGGGCUGUACCAGGCCAGGGUGUUCUGCUUUGUCCAUCUGAGCCUCCAGGAGUUUCUGGCUGCCCUUUAUGUCUUUCUGUCCUUCAUCAACGAUGGUGUCAAUCUGCUCUCAGAAGAACCACCCACCUCUGGGGAAGAUAAACUCCUCCUCCUCUACCAGAGUGCUGUGGACAAGGCCUUACAGAGUGAGAACGGACACCUGGACUUGUUCCUCCGCUUCCUCCUGGGCCUCUCUCUGGAGACCAAUCAGAUUGUCCUACGAGGUCUGCUGGGACAGACAGGAACUAGCUCACUGACCAAUACAGAAACAGUGUCUUACAUCAAGGAGAAAAUAGAUGGAGAUCUCUCUCCAGAGAGAAGCAUCAACCUGUUCCACUGUCUGAAUCAGCUGAACGACCGUUCUCUAGUGAAGGAGAUCGAACAGUACCUGACAUCAGGAAGACUCUCCAGAAAAUCUCUCUCUCCUGCUCAACUGUCAGCUCUGGCCUUCAUCCUACUGACAUCAGAAGAGGAGCUGGACGUGUUUGACAUGAAGAAAUACUCUGCUUCAGAGGAGGGUCUUCUGAGGCUGCUGCCAGUGGUCAAAGCCUCUAAAACAUCUCUGCUCAAUGGCUGUGGUCUGUCAGAGAGAUGCUGUGAAGCUCUGGCCUCAGUUCUCAGCUCCAGCUCUAGUCUGAGAGAGCUGGACCUGAGUACCAAUGAUCUGCAGGACUCGGGAGUGAAGCUGCUCUCUGCUGGACUGGGGAGUCCACACUGUACACUGGAAACUCUCAGGCUCAAUGGCUGUCAUCUGUCAGAGAGAUGCUGUGAAGCUCUGGCCACAGUUCUCAGCUCAGACUCCUGUAGACUGAGAGAGCUGGAGCUGAGCUUCAAUGAUCUGCAGGACUCAGGAGUGAAGCUGCUCUCUGCUGGACUGGGGAGUCCACACUGUACACUGGAAACUCUCAGGCUCAAUGGCUGUCAUCUGUCAGAGAGAUGCUGUGAAGCUCUGGCCUCAGUUCUCAGCUCCAACUCCUCUAGUCUGAGAGAGCUGGACCUGAGUACCAAUGAUCUGCAGGAUUCAGGAGUGAAGCUGCUCUCUGCUGGACUGGGGAGUCCACACUGUACACUGGAAACUCUCAGCUUGUCUGGCUGCCUGGUCACACAGGAAGGCUGUGCUUCUCUGGCCUCAGCUCUGAGCUCCAACCCCUCCCAUCUGAGAGCGCUGGACCUGAGCUACAAUCACCCAGGAGACUCUGGAGCUGCGCUGCUCUCUGCUGGACUGGAGGAUCCACGCUGGAGACUGGACACUCUCAGUGUGGAGCACGGUGGAGUGUGGAGGCUGGAACCAGCUCUAAAGAAGUAUGCCUGUGACCUCACCCUGGACCCCAACACGGCCCACAGACACCUCUCUCUGUCUGAGGACAACAGGAAGGUGACGUGGGUUGAAGAGGACCAGUCGUAUCCGAAUCACCCAGACAGAUUUGACUCCCAGCUCCAGGUGUUGGGUAGAGAGGCUCUGACUGGCCGCUGUUACUGGGAGGUAGAGAGGGAAGGAUUGGUUGAUAUAGGAGUGACAUACAGAGGAAUCACAAGGAGAGGAGGGGGUGGUGACAGCAGGCUUGGAUGGAACAAGUCCUGGAGUCUUCAUUGUUCUGAUGGUCGUUACUCUGCCCGGUACAACGGUAUAAAGACAGCCCUCCCUCUCCCCCCCGCUGGCUCCACCAGAGUAGGAGUGUAUCUGGACCGGCCUGCUGGCUCUCUGUCCUUCUACACAGUGUCCCCAGGUGGAGGAGGGUCCUCAGACACACUGACACACCUCCACACCUUCUGCUCCUCCUUCACCCAGGAGGACCUCCUCCCUGGGUUUGGGGUAUGGGGGGGGUGCUCAGUGUCUCUGUGUCGGUUAUAGACACACACACACACGCAAACAC